AGGGGAGGGAGCCUGUCUUGGAGUCGAUCCAGAAGGGGUAGCGGCGAUGAGUGCUGGCGGACGCUGGUGCGCGCGAUUCGUAAUCGGAGCGGAGAGAAUGCAUAAGGAUUUCCCUAUAGUCGGGAGGAUCAUCGGACCUAAUGGGGAGCAUAUGAAGGAAAUUCAUAACACAACGUGUGCGAAAUUAAGAUUGAGAGGACGAAGAAGUAACUACAGGGAGGGACCUGAACAGAAGGAGUCGGACGAGCCUCUACAUCUCUGCGUCUCGAGCAACGACGAGGUAUCCUACCGACGCACAUGUGAGAUGGUGGAGCAUCUUAUGAAGGGAGUCUAUGAAGACUAUGGGGUGUGGUGUUCUCAGAGAGGAAUACCGAUACCAGCAAUACAGAUGAUUAUGGUUGAAGGAUCAACGCAGGAGUCGCUGGAAGACAAACUUCAUGAAUUAUACGCCGCGCAGAAUAUGCUGGUGGCAAAAAAGAGGCGGAGUGCAUUAGGAGAAGUUUCCGAGGAUGAUGAUGAGGAUGAUGAUGGAAAUGUAGCGCCGAAAGCAGUUGAUCCGAGGUUACCGGAGAAUCAGCCGCAUGGAUUUGAUGCGUCACAAACCGGACCGGCGUACAAAAGAUUGCGAAGCGACGUAGGUGGAGCUUCUAAGAUAUGCCGUCAUUGGUUGCGAGGACAGUGCCAUUACGGAGAUAGAUGCAGUUUCCGUCAUGUGGUUCCACCGGGGAUGGCGGCGCCUCCUCAGAAUUUGGUGUUCUUGCAGGGAGGGGAUCCGACGAGCUUGCUCCGUGGUGCGUGAGAAAUUCAGAGAGAUUCGUCUGAGGUCAGGAUGGCCGUCUUCUCGUAGUUUUUCUUGUCUAUAUUUUUUGUGAUUUCAAUCUUCUAUCAAC